AUGGCAGACGUCAAGUACGCAGCAAUUGAGAGCCCAUCAGCGACACAUGAUGCGCUGCCUUCAAAUGGUGGUCCAUUGGCGGUGGAGGACCUCGCCUUCCUCGAAAGUCCGCUAGCGAAGCGGGUCGUGCGCAAGAUAGACCGUAGGCUUCUUCCGCUGCUCUUCGUCACAUACACCUUCACCUUCAUGGACAAGACCAUCCUGUCCAGCGCGGCUGUCUUAGGGCUGAGAACAAGUACACAUCUGGUUGGGCAGCAGUAUAGCUGGGUCAGCAGCGCAUUCUACUUCGGGUACCUGUUCUGGGAAUACCCGACCACUCUCCUCAUCCAACGCUUACCAAUCGGCAAAUAUGUGGGUAUUAACACCCUGAUAUGGGGCGCCGUUGUGGCCCUCACCGCUGCAUGCACAAGCUUUGCUGGUCUCAUGACUGUCCGCGUUCUCUUGGGCGUUGCGGAAGCGACAAUAUCCCCCGCGUUCCUCCUCAUCACUUCGUCGUGGUACACUCGAGCCGAGACACCCUCGCGCAUCGGUAUAUGGUUCGCCGGGGCCUCUCUCGGUGGAAUUGUUACCAGCUUCCUUGCCUAUGGAAUAGGCCACAUCGAGAGCGGCCCCGUCAAGUCGUGGCAAUGGCUAUUCAUCAUCCUCGGCGUUCUCACCUUCCUCUGCGGCCCCUUUAUCCUCGCCUUCCUUCCCGACUCGAUCUGCUCCGCCAAGUUCCUCUCGGACGAGGAGCGCGAGUGCGCCCGCCAGCGCGUCGCACUCGCCGGGACGGGCAAGACCGACCGUCCAUGGUCCUCGGCGCAGAUGCGUGAGCUCUUCCUGGACCCGCAGACGUACUUCUUCCUCGGCAUCUCGCUCCUCACCCAGAUCCCGAACGGCGGCACCCAGAACUUCGGCAACCUCGUCCUCACCGGCUUCGGCUUCUCCGCGCUCGACAGCACGCUCGUCAUCCUCCCCGCCUCCGUGCUCUGCAUCGCCGCGAUCCUCGCCACAGCGUGGCUCGCGGGCCGGCACCAGAACGUGUCGACCGCGCUCAUCUGCGCGAUCGUGCUCUGCCCCGUCGCGGGCUCCGCGCUCAUCUACGCGGACGGGACGUCGCCGCGCGUGAAGCUGUUUGGGUACUACCUGCUCUCGCCCGGCCCCGCGGCGCUGCCGAUGGCCACGCAGCUCGUUGGGGUCAACUUCAAGGGCAGCACCAAGAAGAGGCGCGUCGCCAUGGCCGCACUCCUCUUUAUGGUUUACAGCGCGGGGAACAUCGCCGGCCCGCAGUUCUUCAAGUCGAGCGAGGCUCCGCGCUAUCCCACUGCGUUCCGAACGAUCAUGAUCUGCUACGCACUUGUCGUGGUGCUGUCGAUGGGUCUGCGCAUAUACUUGACACUCGUCAACCGGAGCAGAGACGCGAAGGAAGGUCCAAGCAGUGGGGUGGUCGAGGAGGAGAGCAAGGACGGAGUAGAGACGACAGAUUGGAACGCAAAAGGCUUCCGGUAUCGGAUGUAA